ACGAGUUCUAUAUGUGAGCUAAGAGAGAUAUAUUUCAUUUUUGGGGGAUAUGAACCGAAAUGGAGAAAAGGGGGGCCAGGAUGGGAAGCCACCGCCGCCAUUACAAAAACGUGGCGAAGAUUUGCCUGCACCCAGUUCCGAUACGGAGAGUGAUGAAGAUGAAGCCGCUUUGCAUGCUGCUCUUAGAGAAACAGUCAAAAUACCCGAUAUAUCAGACCAUAGACUAAGAUAUCGGCGUAGAUAUUACAAUCAAGAUGGCAACGAUUCCGAUGACGAGGAUGAGGAGGAAGAAGAAAGAGUACAAAUGAGGCCUGAACACUAUGUAGAAAGGCUGGUGAAGCAAAGCGAAUUCCAUCGACUCAAGUCAAUGCAGUCAAAGACAAAUCUACAGGAAACCAACAAAAGUCCUUUAAAUACUUUCCCUAAGAGGGAGUCCAAAAUAGUGGGGAAAUCUUCUGAGAUAGCCUCGAAAAAUUCGGGCUACUUUGGCAAACAUGAGCAGGAAAAAAACGACCAUGUCUCUGAAAUGCUAUCACCACUUGAACUGCUGGAACCUUCCCUCAGGACACCACUGGCUGCUGAGCAUAUCACACCGGAUAUGCAAUUAAAAUGGCAACGUCUUGAGGCAGCCUCAAGGCCAAAGUAUUAUAAGAGUCCCUUCCCUUCCCUUUCCACUCCUUCGUCGCGAAACGACACUCAAGUUAUAGGCACUCAGACUCCGCCACUUUAUUCCUACCUAGAAACAGAUGAGAAAGCGGAGAAACUGAUGGUUCCACAAUUUGCCACAUCUAAAAAUCAAACGGGCAUUAUAAAUAUUCUCACAGGACCAUUUCGGCGACCUCUCAAUUAUGAGUCCGAUGGCGGAGCAGUUAAAAGGACCGCAGAAGCUGGAACUAUAACCAAUCCUGAAGAAAUCAAAAAUGCUACUCUAGAUCCUAUUCAAGAGGGAUCUGUUAUCAUGGAGCCAAAACCAAUUCCACUGCCUCCACCAGCUCCAGCAUCAGAUUUCGACAUUGUGAUAGAGGAAACUAAACCUCACAUUAUCAUGGAGCCAGAGAAGGAAUGCACGGAAUCUAAACUCCCCCAUUCGGAAUCUAUGAAAACAUUGACCAUUACAGGACAUAGUCAUAUAACAACUCGUUGGUUAGACCAUUGUCACUUUGAGCGACAAAAUGAGGGCGUCGAUAGAGUUGCUCGCCGCAAACUAAUAAUUGCCUGCGUCCUUUGUGUGCUCUUCAUGACCGCCGAAAUUGUGGGUGGCAUUUUAUCAAAUAGCCUGGCCAUAGCCACAGAUGCAGCGCAUCUGCUUACUGAUUUGGCUGGCUUUCUCAUAUCCCUAUUCGCUUUGUUCAUCAGUGCCAGGCCAUCGACGCAACGCAUGAGCUUCGGAUGGUAUCGCGCAGAGGUUAUUGGCGCCAUGAUUUCAGUCUAUUUUAUAUGGGUUAUUACAGGAAUUCUAGUUUGGUUGGCCUGUCAACGCCUUUGGACGGGUCAGCAUGAUGUCGAUGCGAAAAUAAUGUUAAUAACCUCUGGCCUGGCCAUCUUGGUGAAUAUUAUAAUGGCCGUUCAGUUGACCCAUGGACACUCGCACAAUCCUUCUGAAGCGGCAAGACAACCACGUCUUAAGACUAAAGAGUCUCGACUUACUUUGGUUAGUGCCAGCGCAAAGAGAACCGAACUCGAGAUGGGCUUAAAGCACGCAAAUGAUCCUCCAGCCUUGGUGGCUACAUCCGUUUCCCGUCAAUGGGUGCAGGAAGCACAUCCCGAGAAUAUCAAUGUACGAGCCGCUGUUAUUCAUGUGAUUGGCGAUAUGAUCCAAAGUAUUGGAGUUUUUGUAGCCGCCAUCGUUAUAUUCUUUGUGCCACAAUGGGCCAUGAUUGAUUCGAUUUGCACGUUUAUCUUCUCCAUCAUUGUACUUUAUGUUACUUUUCGAAUACUCAGAGAUGUCCUUAUGGUCCUCAUGGAGGCUACUCCCGAUUACAUGGACUAUGAGGAAGUGCAACGAACAUUUCUCUCCAUCGAUGGUGUGCUUCAUGUUCAUAAUCUAAGAAUCUGGGCCAUUAGCAUCAAUAAGGUGGCUCUCUCAGCUCACUUGGCCAUUGAGAAAGAUGCCGAUCCUCAGAUGAUUUUGGAAAAGGCAACUGAGUUGAUCCAUCGCCGAUAUCGCUUCUUCGAGACAACCAUUCAAAUCGAGGAAUAUACACCAGGCAUGGAGAAUUGUGUGCAAUGCACAACGCCUUUGGUCAGGAGAUCGAAGGAACUGGACAGCUCCAUCACUCUGGGCGUCAUGGAGGAGGGUGCAGCUGGAAUUAACGAUAGGAAAAAUGAAAUUGUCACGCAUCCUAAGGGGGCAAACCUAUAAUAAGAAUAUAUAACAUUUUGAUUGUUGUUAUUAUUAUUAUAAAUAAUUUUAUUUUCUAAUUAGACAAA